AUGCUCGCUACUGUUCCACGGCCGCUCGGGUCGAUCGUAUCUCUUCGUCUCCGGCCGCCGAGCGUUUCGGGGAAGCUGAUUAAGUUGCAAGUCUACGCGGAGACAGACGACAGGCGAGCCGGCCGCUCGCCGCUCCAUUGUGAGCUUCCCCGAAACCAGAUUCACUCACAUUCAGUAUGUUUAUUACGCGGCCCCGAUGCGCUGCACGGCUGCGCCACGCACAUGAUGCGAUUAGCGACGCCCCUC